UCACGUCCUGUGUCAUGUGACUUUAUAGAAAUGAGCUUAUCACGCUGCACUGUUUGCUCCAUCGUCUCGCGUUCCGCUCACUUGUACAGCCGAGAGGAUUCACGUGUCACUGUGUUCCAGAGUUCAAGUCUGGUGAACUCUGACCUGUGAAUUGGCAUCACGUCUAGACGUGUGAUCGAUACACAGAAAUCAAACAAUCUCACAUUGUACCCACAGCAGGUACACAAACAUGUGGCUUCAUUGUGAUAGUGUGUGUGUGUGUGUGUGCGAUACUGCGGGGCAGUUAUAAAGAAAUAAUACCCCUCAGGGUUGUGCCCUAGUGCACUACGUAGUGCGCUCAUCCCCCUCACCCGCACUCUGUAGUACAGCUGAGCGUGCAGGACGCUGACACCGUCACCUUGGCAACAGACCUUGCCGCGCUGCAAUUGGUCGACUCUUGGGAAUAUGCAAAUCCCGGUCGUGUUCUGAUUGGUCAGGGGGUGUGGCCAAGCAGCUCCACACCCACGGAGGUUCCGGGUUCCAUUGUCAGUCCGGUGGAGCGGCAGGAGGAGAGAGGAGCUACUGAGGGGAGAACUCUGCUCUCACACAAACACACACACACACACCGGUUACUGCCGUCAUACUCGGAUUAUAACCUACACACACGCACACACACACACACCGAGACAGAAAUCCUUCCCGGACUGAGAGGAAUAAACAGUUUCCUGGACCCGGAUUAUUUAUUACUCUUUAUUACCGGCAUGACGGAGUGUUAAACCCCCUGCCUGCCUGUGUGUGUGUGUGUGUGUCUGUGUGUCUGUGCACGAGAAAGUGUGUGUGUGUGUGUGUGUGUGUGUGAAGUGAAGUCACACUGCUCGGAGCUGUAUGGAGGUCUAAAGAGGAGCAGAAGGGGUUUAUGGUUAUCCUGGGUGACUCUGGAGUGUGUGUGGAAGAGUGCGCCCCUGUGUGUGUGUGUGUGUGUGUGUGUGUGUGUGUGUGUGUGUGUGUGAGCCGUCAUGCUGGCGUGUCUGCAGCCGAGCCUCAAUGCCACCCACAGCUCCAAAAACCUGGACACGCUCAGUGUUCACAAAUGUGAACACAGCAUGGCUGUCCAAUCUCCACGCUACCCAAGCACUGUAGAACUGGAUGCCUACGCCCAGAAGACGGCCAACAGCCCGCUGUCCAUCAAAAUAUUCCCAACCAACAUCAGGGUCCCACAGCACAAGCAUCUUAACCGCACAGUGAAUGGCUACGACACCACAGGGCAGCGCUACAGCCCAUACCUCCAAACUGGUGCCUACCAGGGCCUUUUGGGCAUCGUCAAAGUCUCUUCAUCAUCCUCUUCCUCUUCUACAUCGUCAGGGUUUAUCGCUUCUGCAAAGGCUGUGGUGAAGAGCGCAGAGGGUCGGCGGACUAAAGUUUCUCCUGCUCACUUAGCAGUGGCUCCCUACCAAGUGAGCUACAAUGCGGCACCUUCAAAGCCCCCCGAAACUACGGCUCUUACCGUGCCGCCCAAUGUGACGGUUGCCGGCUCUGUGAUUCCUCUGGCCGGGACGAGGGGACUCAAUCUGUCCUCUCAGUCAAAUCUUCCCUCAAUCCAGAGCAUAAUUUACCAGAUUAACCAGCACUGUCAAGCGCAGGCCCUCCAGCAAGUCUCCACAGUUCCCCAGAACUCCAACUCAAAUCCCAGCCCCUGCAAGCAAGGCACCACUGCACAUGGGCUUUCAUCCAUCUCAGGAGGAAGUUACGCAGCAAACCUGGCACCACAAGGGAACAUGGGAUACUCCGGUACAGUGCUUCCGGGACACAACGGGGAUGCGGUGAAGGUAGCUGCAUAUUCUGAGAGUUUGGAUUACAUCCUUUGGCAGAAGCAGCAGCAGCAACAGCAGGCUAUUUUGAGGAUGUACAGUGGUGGAAGCGGUGGAAGCUGUGCGGUUAGCAAGUCACCAGAAUCAUGUGGCCCGAGUGUCCUAGCAGGUGGAUCCCAGGCCUUGUGCUCCUCCAGGACAUACCCAGUAAUGACGAGCAUGAGCGGAGGAGGAGGCCUCGACAAACUGAGCUCCUCACCGCAGAACUGCGCAGCCAUGCAGGGGAAUUUUGCUUUGGGGCAGUAUUUUGCCCCACCAUGGAACAGUGUCCUGGUCACACCAGAAAGUGACUGCUACAACCCUCAGGAGUUGCCACCAGGAACAACGAGCAUUGGGCAGAAGGAGCUGGGCUUCCUGCCUCACCAUCACCAACUUCAUCAUCACUACCAUCAUCAUCACCAACACGCCCCUAUAGACAGCUCGGGGGGCAUUUGCUGCAGUCUGCCUAGUAAAAGCUUGUGCAACGCUUCGGUUCUCAGUAGCAGUUUGCAGUCACUGGAAUACCUGAUUAACGACAUCCAUCCUCCCUGUAUUAAGGAGCAGAUGUUGGGUAAAGGCUACGAAACCAUCUCGGUACCACGACUUUUGGAUCAUCAACAUGCACACAUCCGGCUUCCUGUUUACAGAUAGAAGCGCUGAGCUGAGUGGAGCUUUCACAAACUGGAGAUCUUUUCAAUCAAGGAGCUGGAAUUAUGGGUUGGAGUCGGUUCUGUGGAUGUGCAGCAGAGUGGGAGGAUCUGUGUGGUGAUUAGUUGGUUGAUUGGGAGGAAGUUAAAGUCCUGCUUAAACAUUCUGUUUUGCCAACAGGGAUUUGUAUUUUUUUGUUCAAAUUUUUUUUCUUCUUUUAUCUGAUUGGACAAAAUUGUGUAGGUGAUAAAAAUCACUUCCUAUCUGAGCAGGAAACGAUUCAUACUCUGAAGAAUAUCUGCCGGUGAGCACGUGAUGUCACAGUGGAGAUGGUGAAGUGCUCCCUGAGUGUAACGUUAUAUUAGUUUCAGAAAAUCCUAAGUUAAAUGUAAGAGUAAUUGUGGCUGUUAUGGAAACUUGCACUGCUUUUGAAAUCAUUCGGAAAUCUUGUGAAAAGUUCGGAAAAGCUGGAAACAACUAGUUUGAGUUUAAUGUAUUUAUGAAACUUGAGAAACUUGAAUUUAUUUUUGUUUUAUAUAUUUGUAGUAUACGAGAUGUAUUCGGCUGCUAAGGAGAAAGACGUGUCUUAGUUUUUUAAUGGUUCCCGAUGAGUUCUUUCUGUUCCGAGUUUU